AUGACGUCACGUGCUCGAGGACACAGACCAGCCUUGUGGCAGUUGUUGGUCGCCAUUAGACUGGCCUCCGCCAUCGCUGAUUAUGUCUUCCAGCCACUUCCGGAGCCCGUGGCCAACGUGACAGCUCCUUCUGUGGCGGCCACCAUCAUCGGGGAUAUCAUAAUUGGUGGUUUAUUUCCGGUUCACGACAAGGGAGAGAAAGCAUGCGGAAGUAUCAACGCAGAUCGAGGUAUAGAGCGACUGGAGGCCAUGUUGUUUACUAUUGAUGAAAUAAACAAUAAUUCUAGUAUUCUACCAGGGAUUAAACUGGGUGCUUCGGCCUUUGACACUUGUGGACGGGCCCCGUACGCUUUGGAGCAGUCUUUAGAGUUUAUCAGAGCAUCAAUAACAUCUCUAGAUCCCACGGAAUUUUACUGCAGCGAUGGUUCUAAAGCAUCUGCGAAACAGGUACCAACCGCUGUUGCAGGCGUUGUUGGAGGCUCAUACAGCACGGUUUCGAUUCAAGUGGCGAAUUUACUUCGCCUGUUCAAGAUACCACAAAUCAGCUACGCAUCUACAUCGGCAGCUCUGAGUGACAAAACACGAUACGACUACUUUGUUCGGACAGUGCCUCCUGACACCCUUCAGGCGAAAGCUUUGGUAGAUAUUGUUCUAGAGUUCAACUGGACAUACGUUUCUAUUGUCCACUCCGAGGGGGAGUAUGGAGAAUCGGGGACAGAUUUCUUCAAACAAGAAGCCAAAUCAAAAAAUAUUUGCAUUGCUGCGGAUAUAGAAAUAAGUUUGAUAGCCACAAAUUCCGUCUAUGACCAAGUCAUCAAGGAGCUUCUGGACAAACCGGAAGCCACCGUUGUCAUUGUGUUUGUUCGUAUUGAGGACGCUACAGGUCUGCUUAACGCCGCUUCCCGGAAAAACUUAACUGGCAAAUUCGUCUGGGUUGCCAGUGACGCCUGGGGAUAUCGCUUAGCGCCGGUGAAAAACAAUCCUUUAGUCGCCCAGGGAGCAAUAACUUUAGAACUUAAAUCCUCACCAAUACUCAAGUUUGAGCAGUAUUUCUUAAAUUUAAAUCCACGAACUAACAAGCGGAAUCCAUGGUUCAUUGAAUACUGGGAGGAAGAGCAUAAAUGUGCGUGGAAUGGGGUUGUUCCCAAAUCUGCUGAGGCGGCGACCAAAACCACAAUGAAGGCGUGCAAGGGAGACGAACGGCUCAACCGUAAGAUUACAUCACAAGAGAGCAAAGUGCAGUUUAUUUACGAUGCAGUUUACGCGUUCGCUCAUGCGCUAGACAAAAUGCAUCGAGACUUGUGUCCAGGGAUCAUCGGAGUCUGCAAGCGGAUGGAGAAGAUUGAUGGCGAGAAACUACUGCGGGAGUAUCUGCUCAAUGUUUCUUUUGAUG